AAAAAUUUGAUUUUUAUGAUUUAACAAUUGAAAAUAUUCUAAAUUCUUAUAUUGAUCACUGUGAACAAAAAUUUGGUGCAAAAAUCUGUUCAUUUAUAUUCAAUUAUAUUAGUUCAUCACAAAUGGCUAUUGCUGAAGUCGAAUUAUUAGAUAUAUUGAGUUGUAAUAAUGAAUUUUUUCUUGAAUUAUAUUCAAAAGAUUUUUUACCAAAACAUUUGAGAUUUCCACCAUCACUCUGGUUAGCUGUCAAAAAUGAAAUCGAACCACUAUUAUCCGAACGAUAUGUCGAUAAAAAAUUAUUAAUAUGUUGGAGUCAUACAUUUAUUCGACGACAAAUGAAACAACGUUAUUUAAAAAAAGUUGAAAAUAUUCGAAUAUCUCAUCGUGAUAUAGCCAAUUAUUUUUUAGAAGCAUUUGUCGAGUCCAAACCAUUAAUUGAUAUGAAUAGAAAUUUUCAAAUACGAGAAGAUGAAGGUCGUCGAUUUAUUUCCCAACAACCAUUACUCUACUCAGAAACAUUAUAUAAUUAUAGAAGACUUAGUGAAUUAUGGUAUCAACUUAUGCAUUCAGGUGAUAUUGAUCGAUUAAAAGAGUAUACAAUAUGUUGUUUUGAAUAUUUAUUAGCAAAAAUUCAUGGUUUAUCUAUUGAACAAUUAUUAAGUGAAUUAGAAAUUAUUUUUAGUAAUAUAUUAGAUGCUGAUGUACUAUUAAUACAUUCAAUAUUAAAAAAUAUUCAAGAAAUUGUUACACAUGAUCCUAUAUUAUUAGCUGGUGAAUUAAUUAAUCGACUUAAAAAUAUUAAAGCCGAUUACAGUGAACAUAUUGAAAAUUUAUAUGCUCAAGCACAUGAUUGGUGUAAAUUGUAUGGUGCUCCCGUAUUUGUUCCACUCUCAUCAUGGUUAAACAGUAUUCCUCCAUUAAUAAUUAGCAUAUUACAUUGUCAAGAUGGCGUAAAUAAAAUUGCACCAACAACUUAUAAUCAACAUCUUUUUUGUACAACAAAAAAUCAUGAAAUUUGGAUGUAUCAUAUACCGUCAAAAAAAUUGGUUAAAAAAUUUUCUGGUCAUACAGCUUUUAUUAAUGUCAUCAAAUUAACUUAUAAUAGUAAAUUUUUGAUUAGUACAUCACUUGAUCAUAAAAUAAAAGUAUGGAAUUUAAAUUCAAGUGAUAUUGAAAAUACUUACAACAUUAAUCAAGAUGAAAUAUUAUGUUUGACUGUUUCACAUAACAAUGAUCAUAUUGUUACCGGAUCAAGAGAUCGUUUAGUAACAGUUUUACGUUUAGAAACAGGAGAAAUUGAACAUUCAAUUGAACAACAUACAGAUGCUGUUAUUUCUGUUGCAUUAACUCAAGAUGAUGCAAUUUUAUUAACAGCAUCAAAAGAUCAAACUGUUAAAAGAUGGAUAUUUCGUGGUAUGCAAGUUUUAGAAGUCAUACAAGCAAUUGGUAGUCCCGUUAAUCACAUGGUUAUAUCAUCAAAUGAUACAUUUAUUAUUAUUGCUUGUGAAGAUAAUACAGUACAAGUGAAAUCAUUAGUAACAUGUACACACAUUCAUUAUCUCGAGGGACAUACUAGUGAAGUGACAAGUUUAGCUGUUUCAAAUGAUUCAAUAUCAUGUUAUGUUGGUUGCAGCAAUGGUCAUUUAUACGUGUAUAAUCUUUGUUCAAAAGUACUACUAAGAACAUUGACACAUCAUGAAACAACUAUUAAUGAUAUAUUUGUGUCAGCCGAUGAUUGUUUUUUGUUUACGGCUGGUCAGAAUUCUAUCUACGUAUUAAAUAUUAAACAACGAUUGAAUAAUUAUAAAACAAAUUCGGACUCAUUAAAUGAUGAUAAACCAAUAACAAGUUUAGCUAUAUCAAAAGAAGGAGAUGUGGCUAUAUCUGGUUGUGAACAAGGUACAGUUAAAUUAUGGAAUUUAAUCGAUGGUGAACUAACUGAACACAUUAUUGAUCAUCGUAGUGCAGUGACACAAGUAGCUCUUUCACAUUCCUAUUUAUUUUCAUUAUCAGCAUCAAAAGAUUCUAGCAUUAAAGUAUAUGAUAAUGAACUUGGUGAAAUCAUAACAGAAUUUAAAGGUCAUUCAGCUCCAAUAGCUAAUGUUUGUAUAUUAGAAGAUAAUCGAAAAAUUCUUUCAUCAGAUGAACAAAAUUAUAUAAAAACCUGGUGGGCAAAUACUGGUGAAUUAAUUGAUUCCUACAAUAUUCCGUGUAAAAUAUUGGGUGUUUCACCAGAUGGUCACUAUGUUGUAUCCGGUAGUGGUGAUAAUGUUUUAAAAAUUUGGUCACUAGAUGAUGCACGUGUUGUACGUUCAAUUGAUCAUCCACAAGGUGCUAUAACGUGUAUAACAUUUGGAUCUGAUUCACAAUAUUUAUUAUCGGGUGGUGAGGAUUGUAGUUGUAAAUUAUGGGAAUUAGCGAGUGGAAAAUUAACGCAAGUAUUAGUUGAACAUGAAAAAUCAAUAACAGCUAUUGCUAUAACUCUAGAUGGCAAAUCAGUAUUAACUGGUGGUGCAGAUGGACAAGCAAUUAUUUGGUCAUUUAGAGAUGGUGCUGUUAUACAUAAAUUAUUGGGUCAUAAUGAUGCUAUAGUAUGUGUUGCAUUUACAACAGAUGGAACAGUAGCUGUUACAGCAUCUCAUGAUGGUCUAUUGUCAACAUGGUCAACAGUAACGGGUACUCAUUUAGCUGCAUUUCAUUUUAAUCAUAUUCUGAACAAAUUAUUAGUAUCACAAAAUGGUGCAAGAUAUGCAGCCAUUAUGGAAAAUAAUUCAUCUGUAGCAAUGAUUAGUUUAUUCAAUGUUCCAUGUAAUGAUUCAGCAAAAUUUUUACCUCGAACAAGUGAAAACAAUUAUAAUCCAAUAAUACCAAUUAAACUUAAACCGUCACUAUAUUCACACAAUUCUUGUCUACUAACAGGCUCAAGACAUAGUUCAAAAACAACAGAUCAAGGCGAUGUUGUAUUAGUAAGUAAUAAAAUAUAA